CUGGACAGCCCGUCUUUUUUUUUUUCAGGUGGUCUUGGUGAUAAUUUUGAAGAAAUUAUAAAUAAAUUCAGAGACGGUGUAAAGCUAACAAUUCGUGGUGAUCCCAUUGUGCCCGCCUGGGGCCUAUGCGAUGCGGUCGUUGGACGGCUAGCGAUGGCCGAUGAAGAACUGGAGGCCAAUGUUGCAGCUGUGAUUGGUGCAGUGUGCGCACAUCGUAAUCCUGCCCUAGGGCCAUUUAUAAAUCGCGCCCUGCUUAUGGUCAUCCCAGGCGAUGCUCAUUUCGCGCUCAAUAUAACGCCGUUUGUGCCCAUCCCAACGGAGCAACAAAUCGAACAAAUCGGAAAAAGGAUGAAAAAAAAGAAAGCGACAGCAGCAGCAACAGCAGAAGAGAGCCAGCCAAGCGACAGUGCCGAAAAAACAUCUGAUCAAAAUGAUGAACUUGCAGACAGCAAUGUGUAGCA